CAUGUUUCUACUGGCAAUCUUGGAACCUCACCACGGUAUCGUGUCGUGCAGACACUGCCAUCACACUCUGGAGCCCAUUCGUAUCUCAAUGCAUCCUCAAUACCAAUGGUAGGAACAGGAGGGCAAAUCACAAGGAGAACAAACAAACGACUGCCUUCGACAGAUUUGGCAUCAGGAUCAAGCGGCGGUUUUUCUCAUAACACAAACCAACAUUACACCUAUCCUCAGCAAUCAUAUGUAUCCAAUCAUCAUGAACAUCAGCCAUCUUACAUAUAAUAACCCCAUCGUGGUCGAUGCUCCCACCAAGAAGCGGAGGCGUCCGGAUAUCAAAUACGUGCAAUCGCGUGCACCACAGGAGAACCAGGCGCCAUACUACCCACCAGCACCUUCGAGCCAUGCGAAUACCUCCGUAGCCAAUCGAGAUACCCUAACCAAUGUGCCUCCAUGGGAUGACAAGGAGGGCCACUAUAUUGUUGUUGUGAACGACGACUUUACACCACGCUAUCGAAUUGUUAGAUUACUAGGGCAAGGCACAUUUGGUAAAGUAGUCGAAUGUUUCGAUAGGGAAACAGGAAGACACUGCGCCAUCAAGAUUAUUAGAGCAGUACAAAAGUAUCGGGAUGCCAGCAAAAUCGAGACACGCGUUUUAAACACGCUCAAAAAAAAUGAUCCUCCCAACGCAUAUAAAUGCCUUCAUUUGAAUGACUGUUUUGUACAUAGGAAUCAUGUGUGCAUGGUUUUUGAUCUUUUGGGUCAAUCGAUUUAUGACUGGUUGAAGGAUAACUCGUUUUGCCCAUUCCCGCCCAACCAAAUACAAUACUUUGCUUAUCAGCUCUUGAAGAGCGUUGAAUUCUUGCAUCGGUUACGGUUGAUUCACACAGAUUUGAAGCCAGAAAAUAUUCUCCUGGCUAAUGGGGCGUACCGACAGGUCCCAUAUAAAAAAUCGCCUUCAAAAAUGCGGAGGAUUCUAUUAGAUCCAGAGAUUCGUCUUAUAGACUUUGGAAGUGCAACGUUUCAGGAUGAGCAUCAUUCGAAUGUUGUCAGCACGCGACAUUACCGGGCACCUGAGAUUAUUCUUGGUCUUGGGUGGUCAUUUCCAUGUGAUAUAUGGUCUAUAGGAUGUAUUUUGGUCGAGUUUUUGACUGGAGAGGCCCUCUUCCAAACGCACGAUAAUUUAGAACAUCUUGCCAUGAUGGAAGCGGUGCUAGGACCUAUCCCCGAUAAGCUUGUCCGGUCAUGCAACAAAUCUGCGACCAAAUACUUUGUGCAUGGGCGUCUGGAUUACCCUAAUGAUGAAACGAAGCGGACUAGUCGAAAAUAUGUUAAGGCUUUGAAGCCUCUCAAGGAUUAUGUUGUGCCGGUCACCAACCGUGUAGAAAACUUGUCGUUUGCAGGAGAUCUCCGCGAUCUCUUGAGUAAACUGUUGACAUAUGACCCUGAGAAGCGAAUCACAGCAGCGCAAGCAUUGAGGCACCCAUACUUUGGAUACAUUGUGGAUGAAUCUGGACAGAUAUCAGGCAGAAGGAUGUCUGAUUCGUACCAUCCGUCUAGAUGAAAUACCCACAGCAUCUACUUUUCUUUAUUGUCAUCCAUUUUUUAAUGUCAUAAUUAUUUUCUUUUAUUUCAAAUUGUAUCCUUCUUUUUUCUUUUCUGAGUAACGGAGAAAUUUUUUUUCGCUUCCUCUUCCUUCCUAUUCAUGUAGAAGCAAAAUGCUUUAUGAAGCAUGCCGCUACCCAGUUACUGUGUUGUUAUUUUACUGCUACUGUUUUUUUUUUUUUUUUUUUUUUUU